UCCAAUGGACACACACUGACGCACCCAUUUUGCAACAGAGGUUGGGCAGGCUUCUUGGCUACUGCCACCGACGAGGCCCCCCAUAAAUACCCUUGCGAAGUAGGCGCAGAGAGCCGUAGACACACCCAACCGCGAGCGAUGCACGCCGCGGCAGCUCCGGGAGGGAGGGAUGGCGAGGAGAAGAAGGAAGGAGAGAAGAAGGGGAACGGCGGGGGCGGCGACGCCGGCGACAAGAGGGUGCCGUUCACGGGGCUGUUCCGGUACGCCGACGGCACGGACGUCCUGCUGAUGCUCCUCGGCACGGUGGGGGCGCUGGCCAACGGCGUCACGCAGCCCGUCAUGACGGUCAUCUUCGGCCAGGUCAUCAACGCCUUCGGCGGCUCCGUCGCCACGGGCGACGUCCUACACCGCGUCAACAAGGCAGUUCUGAAUUUUGUCUACCUGGGCAUUGCAACAGCUGUUGUUUCCUUUCUCCAGGUGUCAUGCUGGACAAUGACAGGAGAAAGACAGGCAACACGCAUUCGAUCUCUAUACCUCAAAUCUGUCUUGAGGCAAGAAAUAGCAUUCUUUGAUGUAGAAAUGACAACAGGGCAAGUUGUUUCAAGGAUGUCUGGUGAUACUGUGUUGGUUCAGGAUGCCAUUGGUGAGAAGGUCGGCAAGUUCCAACAACUUAUUGCGACCUUUAUAGGUGGCUUUGUAGUAGCAUUCGUAAAAGGAUGGCUUUUAUCUCUUGUCAUGUUGGCAUCCAUACCUCCAAUUGUCAUUGCUGGAGGAUUUGUCUCAAAAAUGCUCUCUAGAAUCUCUAGCAAGGGGCAAACAUCAUACGGCGAUGCAGGAAAUGUAGUCGAACAGACGCUUGGGAACAUUAAAACAGUGGUCUCGUUCAACGGUGAGAAGCAGGCUAUUGCAACCUACAAUAAACUCAUACACAAGGCAUAUAAGGCAGCUGUUGAGGAAGGAAUUACAAAUGGUUUUGGCAUGGGUUCUGUUUUCUUUAUAUUUUUCUCAAGCUAUGGAUUAGCCAUAUGGUACGGUGGCAAGUUGAUUCUUAGCAGAGAUUACUCAGGAGGAGACGUCAUCAACAUCUUGUUUGCUAUAAUGACUGGGGCAAUGUCUUUAGGUAACGCAACACCAUGCAUGGCAGCCUUUGCAGAAGGACAAUCUGCAGCAUACAGAUUGUUCGCAACAAUCAAGAGGAAACCAGAAAUUGACCCUGAUGACCCAACCGGUAAGCAGUUAGAAGACAUCAAGGGUGAUGUUGAUCUAAAGGAUGUGUACUUCAGCUACCCAGCAAGACCAGAGCAACUAAUAUUUGAUGGAUUCUCAUUACAUGUGUCUAGCGGCACUACAAUGGCUAUAGUUGGGGAGAGUGGAAGUGGCAAAUCAACUGUGAUAAGUCUUGUAGAGAGGUUCUAUGACCCACAGGCUGGUGAAGUUUUAAUUGACGGGAUUAACAUUAAGAGUUUGCGACUUGAUUGGAUAAGAGGGAAGAUCGGUCUUGUUAGCCAAGAGCCGUUGCUCUUUAUGACAUCUAUCAAAGAUAACAUAUCAUAUGGAAAAGAGGACGCAACAAUUGAAGAUAUCAAAAGAGCAGCUGAGCUUGCUAAUGCAGCAAAUUUCAUUGAUAAAUUGCCCAACGGCUAUGACACAAUGGUUGGCCAACGAGGUGCUCAGCUCUCCGGGGGCCAAAAGCAAAGGAUCGCUAUUGCAAGAGCAAUAAUUAAAGACCCCAGAAUUCUUCUGUUAGAUGAGGCGACUAGUGCAUUGGAUGUGGAGUCAGAGCGGAUUGUUCAAGAAGCGCUGAAUAGGAUCAUGGUGAAUAGAACAACACUAGUGGUUGCACACCGUCUAAGUACUGUGAGGAAUGCUGAUUGCAUAUCAGUUGUUCAACAAGGGAAAAUUGUCGAACAAGGUCCCCAUGACGAAUUGAUAAUGAAUUCUGAUGGUGCUUAUUCUCAACUUAUUCGUCUGCAAGAAAGCCAAGAAGAGGAAGUUCAGAAAUUAGAUCGGCACAUGUCUGAUCCAAGAUCUAAAAGUAGAAGCCUCUCAUUGAAGCGGUCGAUAAGCAGAGUUUCCGCAGGAAACAGUAGUCGCCAUUCUUUGACGCUCCCAUUUGGUAUGCCUGGUUCAGUUGAGUUGCUUGAAGGAAAUGAUGCAAACAGGGAGAAUCAGAAAGAACAGGUUAAUGAUAGAGAGGCCCCUAAGAAAGCUCCUAUGGGACGGCUAGCUGGCCUAAACAAGCCAGAGCUACCAAUUCUUCUGUUAGGAGCACUAGCAGCUGGAGUCCAUGGAGUGCUUUUUCCAAUGUUUGGUCUACUGCUCUCCAAUGCCAUCAAAACUUUCUAUGAGCCGCCUCAUGAACUAAGAAAGCAUUCAAGCUUUUGGGGUUUGAUGUGUGUUGUGCUGGGUAUUACAUCGAUAGUAUCAGUACCAAUGGAGUAUUUCUUAUUUGGAGUAGCCGGGGGAAAGCUUAUUGAGCGUAUUCGUGCCUUGUCAUUUCAGAGCAUUGUGCACCAAGAAGUUGCUUGGUUUGAUGAUCCAAAAAACUCCAGUGGAGCGCUUGGUGCAAAGUUGUCAGUUGAUGCUCUGAAUGUCCGACGAUUAGUGGGUGAUAACUUGGCCUUGUUGGCUCAGGUCACCUCAACACUAAUCACUGGAUUUGUCAUUGCUUUUGUGGCAGACUGGAAGCUCACAUUGAUCAUCCUUUGUGCAAUGCCACUAUCGGGUGCUCAAGGUUAUGCACAAAUAAAGUUCUUGAAAGGCUUCAGUCAAGAUGCCAAGAUGCUGUAUGAAGAUGCAAGUCAAGUGGCUACUGAUGCAAUCAGUAGUAUCAGGACAGUAGCUUCUUUCUGUGCUGAGAAAAGAGUCAUGACAAUCUAUGAUCAUAAAUGUGAAGCUUCAAAGAAUCAAGGGGUCAGAACAGGAAUGGUCGGUGGCCUUGGUUUUGGUUUCUCAUUCAUGAUGAUGUACCUUACAUAUGGUCUUUGUUUCUAUGUUGGAGGGCAAUUCGUGCGUCAUAACAAAUCUAGUUUUGGAGAUGUUUUCAAGGUUUUCUUUGCAUUGAUGAUGGCAACAAUUGGCAUAUCUCAAACAAGUGCAUUGGCUUCUGAUUCUACGAAGGCAAAGGAUUCAUCUAUCUCCAUAUUUGCUUUAUUGGACCGAAAGUCAAAAAUCGAUUCAGGCAGUGAUGAAGGUUUGACAUUAGAUGAGGUCAAGGGUGACAUCGACUUCCGACAUGUUAGCUUCAAGUAUCCGAGCCGUCCGGAUGUUCAAAUCUUCAGUGAUUUUACCCUGCACAUUCCCUCCGGAAAGACUGUAGCACUUGUGGGAGAGAGUGGCAGUGGAAAAUCAACAGUUGUUUCUUUGCUGGAAAGAUUCUACAAUCCUGACUCUGGUGCAAUCUCAUUGGAUGGGGUAGAAAUCAAGAGCCUAAAAGUCAAUUGGAUAAGGGACCAAAUGGGGCUGGUGGGCCAAGAGCCUGUGCUCUUCAAUGACACAAUCCGCGCCAACAUAGCUUAUGGGAAGCAUAAGGUGGUCACUGAGGAGGAGAUCAUCAAGGUUGCAAAAGCAGCCAAUGCGCAUGAAUUCAUAUCAAGUCUUCCCCAGGGGUACGAUACAACUGUUGGAGAGAGGGGGGUUCAGCUAUCCGGUGGCCAGAAGCAGCGGGUGGCCAUUGCACGGGCCAUACUAAAAGAUCCUAGGAUUCUUCUUCUUGAUGAGGCAACAAGCGCCUUGGAUGCUGAGUCUGAGCGCAUUGUGCAAGAUGCCUUGGAUAAUGUCAUGGUUGGCAGGACCACAAUUAUUGUGGCGCACCGCCUCUCAACGAUCAAAAGUGCUGAUACUAUUGCAGUACUCAAGGAUGGUGUGAUAGUGGAGAAAGGAAGACAUGAGACACUGAUGAACAUCAAAGAUGGAUUCUAUGCUUCACUAGUUGAACUUCGUUCAGCUUCAUCGUAGUACCUAGGUUAAGAAUUUUGUUCCAAUCACUAGGCAUUGUACAUCUUCCUUGAUUCUUCUCUUUGUUUUUAUAGUUCUUGUGUGCUAUGGAUUUAUUAGGAUUUACAGAAGAAUUUUCAAGAGUAAACUUUGCAUCA